AUGCCUUAUCCAUUUGUGCUUCCUACAACCUCCUCAUUUUCAUUCUCGUUCUGUUUCAACUGCGAAUCCCAUCCCUCGCUGCCCCUCAACGCCAGCACCCGCCGCGGCGUCGUUCGCGAAGACCUCAAAGCCUUCAAGCGCACCCCGCGCGAACACCAAGCCGCAAAGCUCCCGACCGUCGUCUCCAGUCUUACAGCCUAUCUACCCUACCUCUUCGCCAUCGAUGCGGGUCUAAGCCAACAAGCCGUCAACGGCGAGGAGAUCGCCGUGAUCCUCAAGACCGCGCCCACAAUCGAAUGGCGGCCUACGCUAUCUGACACCGCCGCCGUCGCCGUCCCCGGCAAAGAGCCCGCCCGCGUCAAGGUGCACUCGCUCGAGUACGAAGUCUUCUUCGCGCUCUCCUGCCUCGCCUACGCGCACACACUGCAGGCCCGCAUCGCACUGCAUCCGCUCUACGUGCUUUCCACCGCGCCCGUCGGCACGCAGCAGCGCCAAGUGGCCGUCAGCGCCGCGACCAAGUCCCUGCUCGAUGCGGCCUCCAUCUACGACUACCUCGCGCUCCGGGCCGAAGGACUCACCAGCGGCUACGGCAUGGCCCCGCCCUGCGCCGACAUCUCGCCUGCCGCGCUGCGAGCGCAGUGUUCGCUUGCUAUGGCCGAGGCAACCUUACUGGCCGUGCUGAAGGACGAUCCGUACCCGGCCGUGGUUGCGCAAGACAGAAAUAAGAACGACACCGAGUGGAUGUACAAGGCGCCGGAUAUUCCCAAGGUCAGGGCCCAUCUGUUUGCAAGGCUGUGUCUGGCGGCGAGCGAGCAUGCUGCGCAGGCUUACUCUCUCUGUGCGGGAUUGGGGAGAGCGGGCGGCGGAGGCAAGGUAAACGAGAACUUUCUAAAGUAUCUAGAUAACUUGAGGCGAACGAGUAGAGCGAAGGCGUGCCGGUUCUUUGGUAUUGACUCGGAGCUGGGUGGACAGACUGGGACGGCAAUUGCAUGGUUGAAUGCUGGACUUCAGGAACUAGGGGUUGAGAGGAGCCCUUCAGACACUGGUGGCAAGAAGAGCGGUGGGCUGGGUAGGCUAAAAGAGAAGUGGACGGAGAAGAGAGAAGACAAGAAAGUGGAAAGAGGGCUAGAUUGGGGAGCAGAUGCGGGACGGCUUGAGGAGACAAGAGUAUAUGAAAUGCUGUGGGAGAAGUGGUCGAAGCAAAAUGAUACGAUAAUGACCCAAGUCGUCCCUCCAUCGGGGCCAUUACUCCAACAGAUGCCCAUGGGUAGAGAGAUUCACACUCUCAAGCCCUUUCAGCCGCCACAACUAGAUCCCCCAACUCUAGAGGCCAUGCGCGCACCACCAGACAGGUCGGAUGAUGCUGCUCUCUAUCCGAGCUCGGAUGAGGACGAUACGAUGAUAGGUACCCCAAUAGGGGCAUUUCCAGGGACGCAGGGGGACUAUAGGACUGGUACUCCCAACUACUAUUGA